GUUUGCUCAUCUUUUCUUUUUCAACAAGUGGUAUCGGAGCCAUUCAUUUGUGAGAGAUCACAUAUUAUAGCUGUGUGAGAAUUCUUGUUGUCAACAAAAUAAUAGACCUACAAGUUGUCAACGGUAUGAAGAAGCUCAACAAUAACAAUUAUAAUAUGUGGUCAACGUGCAUGAUGUCUUACAUGCAAGGGCAAGACCUGUGGGAGAUAGUCAACGGCAAUGUGGUGGUUCAACCCAUUGAGGAUGCAAAUGGAUCCUUACGGAAGUGGAAGAUCAAGGCAGGAAAAGCAUUGUUUGCCUUGAAAACAACAGAUGAAGAAGAGAUCCUUGAGCACAUCAGAGAUGCUGGAACACCAAACGAAGCUUGGGCCGCACUAGCCAGGUUAUUUUCAAAGAAGAAUAAUUCCAAGCUCCAACUUUUGGAGAGUGAGUUGCUCUCUAUUUCACAACGUGAAAUGACGGUUGCACAGUUUUUUCACAAGGUGAAAACACUGUGUCGGGAGAUUUCUGAGUUAGAUCCAGAAGCCGCCAUCAAAGAUGCCAGGAUAAGACGCAUCAUCAUCCAUGGUCUCAAACCUGAAUAUAGAGGUUUUGUUGCUGCUAUACAAGGAUGGCCAGAACAACCAUCACUUAUUGAAUUUGAAAAUUUGUUAGCUGAUCAAGAGGUGUUAGCUAAACAGAUGGGAGGAGUCUCGCUAAAGAAAGAAGAAGAGGCACUCUACGUUAACAGAGGAAGACAUAAUUCAAAGCAGCAUACUGGUGGAUCUAAGAAAAGUGAUGAAGAGACGAGGGACCGUCAAAAUGAAAGGAAAAGUCGUGGAGGUGGAGCUUGGAAAAAUCAAAAACAAGGAAGAAAGUUUGAAGGAAUGUGUUUUAAUUGCAACAAAAAGGGACACAUGGCAAAAGACUGUUGGUCAAAGAAGAAGACUGUAGAAGGCAAUACCGCCACUUCUACAGUAGAUACCGCCACUUCUACAGUAGAGGAAGAGUGGGAUGCUGAGGCAUUCUUUGCUGCCGAUGAAGCUGAGGUCGCAUUGUCUGCCACAACAAGUCAGAUUGACUAUGGAAUUAAAAGCACGUUGACCGAGGCGGCACGGUCAAUCCAAAAGUGUACACCGGAGGAGGAGUGCAUAUUGGUGUCGGCUUAGAAUGACGUCUCCGAGCAUCCUAUCAUUGGUAAAAAUCCAUUGCCUCUGGUUCGGGAGGGUUGCCUCUGUUUCCGCUUCUUUCCGCGAUGAAAUCAGUCGGG